GCUCCAUCUCUCAGUAAUCCAUCUAUGGCGUCCUCAGCCACCGCCGGCGGCGGUAGCCGCCGCGACGAAGAAAACCGCAGCCUGCCGAUCCCCAACAUCAGGUUGCAGCGGCUGCCGCACCUCACAGACUACCUUCAAAACCUCCAAACCCACGCGAAUCCACUCGACAAUAGCCCCUUCUUCCACCCUACCCACGAAUUCUACAUCCCCCCCUCCGACGUCGUCCUCCGCCGCAUCAUCCACGACAUCACCGACGGCGCCGCUGCAUCUCCGGAGCCCCAUCCAGCCUACCACCGGGCCGGGCCGAGGAAGCGGAUUCUUUUCGACCCGAGUCACGUGCGGGCGGCGAUAGUCACGUGCGGAGGGCUCUGCCCCGGGAUGAAUACAGUGAUCAGAGAGCUGGUGGUGGGCCUCUCGGAGCUGUACGGAGUCCGGGAGAUCUUCGGCGUUCCGGCGGGGUACAGAGGAUUUUAUUCCUCUGAACCCCUGCCAUUAAACCCUAAUAUGGUCCACGGAUGGCACAAAAAUGGCGGAACCCUGCUUGAGACUUCCCGGGGAGGAUUUGACCUCGACAAAAUUGUCGACGCCAUUCAAGAUCGAGGGUUCAAUCAGGUGUACAUAAUCGGCGGGGACGGCACGAUGCGGGGGAUGGUGAAGAUCUUCAACGAAAUCAAGUCCAGGAAACUGAAAAUCGCGGUGGCCGGAAUCCCGAAGACGGUGGACAACGACGUCGGGAUUAUCGACAAGUCGUUCGGGUUCCAGACGGCGGUGGAAAUGGCGCAGCAGGCGAUCAACGCCGCCCACACGGAGGCCGAGAGCGCCGUCAACGGCGUCGGCCUGGUGAAGCUGAUGGGGCGGAGCACCGGCCACAUCGCACUCCACGCUACUCUGAGCAGCCGCGACGUCGACUGCUGUUUGAUCCCGGAGAACGAUUUCUACCUCGCCGGAACAGGCGGCCUGUUCGAAUUCCUCGACGACCGGAUCAAGAACAACGGCCACGCCGUCGUGGUGGUCGCCGAAGGCGCCGGGCAGGACAUCAUUCCGAUGACGGGCAAUUCCGAUUCCCACGUGCAGGAGAAGGACGAAUCGGGGAAUCCUGUGUUCCUCGACGUGGGAGGAUGGUUGAAAUCGGAGCUAAAAGAAUGGUGGGCGAGGGAACAUUCCGAUCAGCUGUUCACCGUGAAGUAUAUCGAUCCGACGUACAUGAUCCGCGCCGUUCCGGCGAAUGCGACGGAUAAUUUGUACUGCACGCUGCUGGCCCACUCGGCGAUUCACGGCGCAAUGGCGGGGUACACAGGAUUUGUUUCCGGCCCCAUUAACGGCAACUAUGCGUAUAUUCCGGUGACGGAAGUGGCGGAGACGAAGAAUCCGGUGAAUACAAGAGACCAUAAGUGGGCGUGGGUGAGGUCUGUUACUAAUCAGCCUGAUUUCGGUGUAAGCUAAUGACACGUGGCACUUAUUGAAAAGACAAAAGAAAAAAAUCCAAUCUUGCUACUAAAUAUGCUACUGUAAUCAUCAUUAAUUAGUGCAAUUACUUAAUUUUAUGAUGACUCAAAA